AUGUUGAUCCGUCCCAUAGAUGGGAGGAAGGCACUUGAAGAGGUUGCAAAUCUAGCUGGGAAGGUUUUACAAAAUCAAGCUUAUGGGUACGAGUCAAAGUUUAUCAAAGAUAUUGUUAAAGUGAUUCGUGAUAAGCUAAGUCGCACACACUUGAGCGUUGAAUCAAAACUGGUUGGAAUCCAUUCUCGAGUCGAACACAUCAAUUUAUGGUUACAAGAUCCAUCACAUGAUGUUGGUAUACUUCUUAUUUAUGGGCUGCCUGGAAUAGGGAAAACAACCAUUGCAAAAUGUGUUUACAAUUCUAACUGUGAAAGUUUUGAAGGAAGCAGCUAUGUUGAAAAUAUCAGAGAAACUGCAAGUCAACCGAACGGCUUAGUUCGAAUACAAAAGAAAAUUCUUUAUGAUAUUUUAAAGGGGGAAAAAGAGAAAAUACAAUGUGUUAGUGAGGGAAUAAUUAAGAUUGGAAGAGCCAUAAGCUUUACAAGAGUUCUUCUUGUUCUUGAUGAUGUGGACCAUAUGGACCAAUUAGAUGCAGUACUGAGGAUGAAAGAUCAGUUUUAUCUUGGAAGUAAAAUAAUCAUAACAACUAGGCGUAAAAGGUUGCUAAAGGCACAUGAAGGUAUUACGGUGCAUGAAGUGGGACCUUUGGGUUUCCGUGAAUCAUUGGACCUCUUAACCUGGCAUGCCUUUGGCCAGGAUCAUCCCCUUGAAGGUUAUGAGAAAUAUUCUGAACAAGUUGCACAACACAGCGGAAGACUUCCAUUAGCUCUCAAAGUUUUGGGUUCUUCUCUUUUCAGGGAACCUAAACGUGUAUGGAAAAGUACACUGGAGAAGUUAGAAGUUAUUCCAAAUGAUGAAAUCAUGAAUACAUUGAGAAUAAGCUACGACUCUUUACAAGAUGACCAUGACCAGAAAUUAUUCCUCCAUAUUGCUUGUUUCUUUAUUGGAAAGGAUGAAGAUUACAUUGUUAGAAUACUAAAUGGAUGUGACUUCUAUACAAUCCGUGGCAUUCAAAAUCUCAUAGAUAGGUGCUUGGUCACAAUUGAUAGGGACAAGAAGUUGUAUAUGCAUGACGUGAUUCGUGACAUGGGACGAGGAAUUGUUCGUCGAGAAUCAUAUGAGCCUGGGAAUCGUAGUAGAUUGUGGCGCUCUAAGGAUUCUUUCGAAGUAUUAAGAGAAAAGAAUGGUACGCAAGCAAUUGAAGGUCUUAUGCUGGACAUGCAUGAACUGCUUACAAACAGUCCCAUAAACUCAAACGAGAGUGUCUUGGAAACCAAUUCAUUUGCAAGGAUGCACAAAUUGAAAUUGCUUUGUCUUAGACAUGUACGACUGGACGGAUGUUAUGCAGAACUUCCGACAAGGUUAAGAUGGUUGUGCUUGCUCGAAUUUCCUUUGGAUUCAAUUCCUGUUGAUUUUUCUUUGGAGAAAUUGGUAGUUCUUGAAAUGCAAUAUAGCAACUUGAGACAACUCUGCAAAAGAGCAAACUUUCUUCCAUCGUUGAAGAUCCUUGACGUUAGCCAUUCUCAUGCCCUUAGUGAAACCAUGGACUUCUCACCUUGCCCCAAUCUAGAGGAAUUGAUUCUUGUGGAUUGCACCAGCCUGAUUGUUGUUCAUGAAUCAAUUGGAAACCUGAAGAGACUUGAGUACUUGAAUAUGAAGGAUUGCAAGAAUCUUAGGAUCCUUCCAAAGAGCAUGUGUUUGCUUAAAUCACUUGAAACACUCAUUUUAUCUGGUUGCUCAAAUCUUGAUGAGUUUCCAGUGGAGAUGAUGAAGAAGAUGGAGUCUCUGAAAGUUCUUGAGACAGAUGAAAUUCCAAUAAGUGAAUUGUGGCCAGAUAGAAGUUCAACUAUCUUGAGUUCUUUUCCAUGCUCUUUAGUAAAGUUAAGUAUGAAGGGAUGCAAUCUUUCUGAUGAUGCCUUUUGUAGGGAUUUAAGUAGUCUAUCCUCGUUGCGAAGACUAAAGUUAGGUGAGAAUCCAAUUUGCAGUUUGCCAGGUUUCAUCAAAGGUUUGAGGAGGCUCGAUAAACUCUCUUUCGAGGGAUGUAAUAGGCUCGAAUCACUUGUGGGGUUGCCGAAACUACACCAAAGCAUAACUAUAGCCGGAUGCAUAUCAUUAAAAAAAAAAACUUUUGGUUCCCCUGAGCAAUGCGCUGCAAUGAUGAAUGUGGGUGACAACUGGAAUCUAGUUGAGAGCCAGUACGAUUACAAGUUAGAGCCCAUUGAUAGAGUUGAUGUGGAAAUGAUCAAACUUUUGGGCUUGUGCAACUUGGGAUCCUUGCCAGCCAUUAGAAUGAACUCACCGUUCGGAUGCAGUGGUUCAAAAGAGGAUAGAUGGAGUCCUGUCCAGGGACUGUACGAAUUUGGUAUAUUCAGCACAUUUUUUACUGGGAAUGAGGUUCCAGGCCAAUUCAGCUACAUAAGUACCAAGUCAUCGAUAUCUUUUAUUGUCCCUUUACUACUUGCUAGUCACAGAAUUCGAGGCUUAAACAUCUUUGCUACCUAUGCAAAGAAGGAGAAUUCUAAUAAUGAUAAUUGUGAUUCUUAUCAUCCAAUACGGACUAAAGUGAGUAACAAGAGUAAGGGUCUGAAGUGGAUCUAUGGCCCAGAGUUCUAUGGAAUUCCAGGUCACGAAGAAGAUAUGAUAUGGUUGAGCCAUUGGAGGAUGGAGACUGAAACAAUAUUACAAUGUGGAGAUGAAGUGGAUGUUUCAGUAAUGACCCCUUGGUUGUUUUUGGUAAAGGAGUUUGGUGUCGAGCUUGUGCAAGAGCACCAGAAUAAUAUGAUGAUAAGUACCCAACACAACACCAAAUCAGAUCCUGAUUAUCCAUUUGUCAUCGGUGGAGAUUUGUCCAUGUUCGAGCAUAGACCGGGAAUAUAC